GACCAAUGGAGUUUACUGAUGAUCCUCAACUAUUCGUGGAAGGUUAUUCCCGUUUCGACGUCCAACAAGGAGAACUGGGAGAUUGUUGGCUCCUGGCUGCUGUUGCCAAUUUGACUUUGGACUCUAAAUUGUUCUUCCGUAUUGUACCUGAUGAUCAAGGCUUUACUGACCAGUAUGCUGGUAUAUUUCAUUUUAGAUUUUGGCAGUAUGGACGAUGGAUCGAUGUCGUCAUAGACGACAGACUGCCUACUUACAGAGGCGAACUAGUAUUCUUGCACUCUACUGAGAAAAAUGAAUUUUGGAGUGCCUUGCUCGAAAAAGCUUAUGCCAAAUUGCAUGGUUCAUAUGAAGCUCUAAAAGGAGGUUCAACUUGCGAAGCCAUGGAAGAUUUCACAGGAGGUGUCACUGAAAUGUACGAGUUGAACGAAGCUCCUCCAAAUUUGUUCAAAAUUUUGCUAAAGGCCUAUGAGAGAAAUUCGUUGAUGGGAUGCAGCAUUGAGCCUGAUCCAAACGUAUUAGAAGCAGAGACUUCAGAAGGUCUAAUUAAGGGUCACGCUUACUCAGUGACCAGAGUCCAUUUUGUAGACAUUGAAACUCCAAAUUCUACAGGAAAAAUUCCUUUGUUGAGAUUGAGAAAUCCUUGGGGUAAUGAAGCUGAAUGGACAGGAGCUUGGAGUGACCAGUCUCCUGAAUGGCGUUUUAUUCCACCCCACGUAAAAGAAGAAAUCGGUUUAACAUUUGAUAUGGAUGGUGAGUUCUGGAUGUCCUUCAGGGACUUCUCAUCAAGAUUUGAUAGAAUAGAAAUGUGCAACUUGAGCCCUGAUUCUCUCAGCGAGGAAAAGUUGAGCCAAGGCAAGAAAAAGUGGGAGACAUCCACAUUCGAAGGCGAAUGGGUACGUGGUGUCACAGCUGGUGGAUGCAGGAAUUAUUUAGAUACUUUCUGGCACAAUCCACAAUACACAAUCACUCUCGAAGAGCCUGAUGAGGAAGACGAAGAAGGCAAAUGUACAGUCAUCAUAGCUCUUAUGCAGAAAAAUAGGAGGUCCAGAAGGAAUUUGGGAAUGGAAUGUUUGACCAUUGGAUUUGCUGUUUAUCAUUUGAGAGAUCCCAACCGUAUGCCAAGGCCGUUGGACAUCAACUUCUUCAAAUACAAUGCUUCAGUAGCUAGAUCGCAGUCAUUUAUUAAUUUAAGAGAAGUUUCCUGCCGUUUCAAAUUACCACCUGGUACUUAUUGCAUUGUGCCUUCAACUUUCGAGCCAAACGAGGAAGGAGAAUUUUUGUUGAGAGUAUUCUCUGAGAACAAAAAUCACAUGGAGGAAAAUGACGAGGAGGUCGGCGUCGGCGAAAUUGAUGACAGGGUAAGUUUUCCAUCACCCAGACCUGAUGACCAGGUGUACCAGUUCUUCCUUCGUCUUGCUGGUGAAGACCAGGAAGUCGACUGGAUGGAACUUAAGGAGAUUUUGGAUUAUUCCAUGCGGAACGAAACCAAAAGCCGCGGUUUCUCCAAGGAUGUUUGUCGCAGUAUGGUAGCUAUGUUGGAUCAUGAUCAUUCUGGUAAACUAGGAUACGAAGAGUUCAAGACUUUGUGGAUGGACAUUAGGAAUUGGAAGGCCGUUUUCAAACUAUACGACCGCGACGGUUCAGGUUGCCUGAGUGCCUUCGAAUUGCGUCAGGCCUUGAACAGUGCAGGUUACAGGCUGAACAACCACAUCCUGAACAUCCUGAUGCACAGAUAUGGCACCAAGGACGGAAUGAUCGCCUUCGAUGACUUCAUCAUGUGCGCGGUCAAACUGAAGAGCAUGAUCGAUAUCUUCAAAGAGCGAGACUCCGACGGCUCCAACACGGCGACGUUCAACAUGGAAGAAUGGGUCGAAAAAACUCUUUACUCUUAAACAAAAGGUCACUAAUCUUAUUAUUAAUAUAUAUGAAUCAAAUGCGCGGCUAAUUAUUUUUUAAACCUAUAAUUGGCUAAACUACUCGUUAGGAUUUAAUAUAUAAAGCAAAUCCAAAAAAAGCUUUUAUUAUACGAUAUACUUAUAUAGUGCCUACAAAUUUUAUUCCUAAGAACA